AUUUAUCAGAUAUGAAUACCAUAAGAUCAUAUUUUCCUUCACCACCAAUUUUCUACUGAAACAUUUGUUUUACUCUGACCCACGUCUCAACCGCUUUAGAAACUGAAACUACUGCGCUUUUAAUGUACAAAUGGCUUGCAAAAGUAUACCCAAGCCUCAAACGUAAAUGUAUUUAAUUGUGGUUUCCUCAUGCCACAGACCAACACAGUUGCCGCACAGUUGCGAAGUGGAAAAUUAUACGGUUUCCAUUUUCUUUUACGAAUAAAAUAUCUGACAAAUGUGGCGUGCAAAGGUAUUCAGCCCCUUUACUUUGAUACCCCGAAAUAAAAUCCAGUGUAACCAACUGCCUUUAGAAGUCACAAUGAGUAAAUAGUCCACGUGUGUGUGUGUGUAAUCUAAUGUCAGUAUGAAUCCAGUUUUGUGAAGCCCGUAAGUAGCAACGUGACAACAAAACAAAACAUCGAAUUAGCACUACAAACGCGUCUAAAAUCCUCCAUAACGAAUAAUUUCACACACAAUUUUUUUGUAUUGCUGAAGUGCAUGACCUAUUAUACUUCCCACACUGUGGUUGCCAAUAAUGUUCAAUUUGCGCUGGUUAGGUCGAGUUUUUAGGCUUGAAACGUCAGUCAUUUUUGCGUGUCGACGUCUCGGAAUCCCGUAAUAGCGAUUGGUAGAAUUAUUUAUUUUUUUAUGAUAAUUAUUUUUUUUUUUUUAACUGGAACUUGUCAGCCAAUCGGAAGAGUUUCCCAAGCAGAAGACGCAAUGAAAUAAUGAACUUUUUCUACUUAACUUUAUCUUGAAGGUGGCUUUUGACCAGAUUUUAUCAAGCAAAAAACGUUCCUCCAAAAGGGUUUUUAUUUAUUUUUUUAUUUAUAUAUAUUUUUUUACUGACACUCAAAACUCAAUUUCUCCAGAAUCCAUUAUCCAAUUGUCAAAAUUGUUGCUGCAUUAUACUCAGGUUGAAGUGGCUGUUCCAACCAGACAUUUUGACAGACUGUCAUUUUUUGGCAAAAUUCAAUCACGUUGCUUCUUAAGAGGUUUGUUAGUGAACAAACGACACCAUGAAGCCAAAGGAGCACACCGUACAGGUCAGGGAUAAAGUUGUGGAGAAUUUCAGGGCGGGAUUAGGGUACAAAAAAAUAUCCCAAGCUUUGAACAUCUCACGGAGCACUGUUCAAUCAAUCAUCCGAAAAUGGAAAGAGCAUGGCACAACUGCAACGCUACCAAGAAAUGGUCGUCCACCUAAACUGAAUGGCCGGCCAAAGAGAGCAUUGAUCAGAGAAGCAUCUAAAAGGUCCAUGGUAACUCUGGAGAAGCUGCACAAAUCCACAGCUCAGGUCCUUGAUAUAUUGAUAGGCAAGGGUGAACAUGGAAGGCGAAUCCCGAAGUACUUGAUUCACUUUAAUGGUUGGAGCAGAAGCUGGGAUCGCUGGGCUGCAGAGGAUCAUGUCCUAAAGGAUACAAAGGAAAGCCGCAAAUUGCAACGUAAACUGGCGCGUGAAGCUCUUGGUCGCAUGAAGAAAAAGGGACGGGCCAAGAGGCGACAUCCUUCUGGCACUAAACCCUCCCUGAAGACUCUCCCUAAGGAGGACGACAGUGAUGACACAUGCUUGAUUUCAUCUUCUGGCAGCAGUGAGGGAGAGGGUUCUGAAGCAGAAUCUUCGAAUAGCGGGGACACUACAUUCUCUGAAGACAUCAAUAAAAUGAAAGUUGAGCCCGAUAUCAGUGUCAAGAGGGAUGGUGAGGAAAGGAUAGUACAUGUUGACAUCGCUAUCCCUGAUAUCCUCAAGAAGAAAUUAGAGGAUGACUGCUUUUACAUCAAUAAGAGGAAGAAGUUGGUGAUGGUUCCUUGUCAGACGAAUGUUGUGCAGAUCUUGGAGUCCUAUGUAAAGCACUUUACUAUCAACAAGGCUUUCAUGGCCAACGAGCGGUACAGGCGGCAGCAACAGCAGAGUACGACACAGAGCAGCAGCCCACAGCCAAUCCCUCCAGAGAAGAAUGAGGAGUUGUGUAAGGAAAUGGUUGAUGGCCUGAGGAUCACGUUUGACUUCACUUUACCCAUGAUCCUCCUCUAUCCGUGUGAGCAAGCUCAGUUCAAAAAGGUCAGCUCUUCUCGGCUUUUCUUGGCCGUCAACGAAGGAUCCCCGUGCCCCAGCAACACCCAGCGAGAGCGCAGUCCCAGCCCGGCGGGUCACAACCCUCCCACGCCUCAGUCAACAGACAGCCAGCCAGCCCUGAGUGACGUUUCCACCACUACGCCCACCGCUCCCACUCCAAAGCGCCGUCGCCACCCUGACAUGGACUGUAUCUCGUACCAGUCCCAGUCGCUCAGGCGUUCCACGAGGAAUACGCCCGGAGAACGCCUGGCGGAAGGGAGCAGUGGCGGUGGAGGCAGUUCCACAGCAUCGCCACAACUCAAACGCCGCUUGAUCGACAGCUCAUCGCAGUCAAAAUUCAUUCUCAACCUUGACAGAAAAACUCCAGUACAUAGUGGUUCAUCAUCCCCGUUGCCCUUGACUCCAAGUAAAGAACGAAGCGGACCUUUUCACGGCCUUGAGAGCCGGCGAAAUAAUGAGCUCAACGAGGUCCUGAGUUGGAAGCUGACCCCUGAUAACUAUCCCUUGAAUGACCAGCCUCCUCCACCCUCCUACCUGUAUGGAGUGCAGCACCUUCUGCGACUUUUUGUUAAGCUACCUGAGAUCCUUGGAAAGAUGCAGAUCCCUGAAAGGAAUCUAAGGGCCUUGGUCAAACAUCUUGAGCUCUUUCUCAGGUUUCUGGCCGAGUUCCAGGAGGAUUUCUUUCCUGAGUCUGCUUAUGUGUCAGCAUCCGAGGCUCACAAUAACAUGAAGCAACCAAGGCCUGUUUACUGAAAAGGGCGGAUGCUCUUUUUUUCCCUUUUUUUCUUGUCUUCACACUAACAUAAUUUAUCAGCAUGACUUUGGAUUUGUACUCAGAGAAAUAAAACAUAUGGAGUUACCCCCUCUAAAAGCACUGUUCUCAAUUGUCUUGAGAGGACUUAACAGAGUCCUCUCAAAAUCUAUGAUCGCAAGUGUCAAACUCAAGGCCUGGGGGCAAGAUCCAGUCCGCAACAUCAUUUUAUGUGGCUCGCGAAAGCAAAAUGGAUGUUCACUCCAUGUUUUUUCUUACUAAAAUACCAAAGUUGCCUUCACUUUUAAUAACAUUGAGAUAUUGCAGCCUUUUUUGUUAUCAAUGCCCAUUUUAAGAAUAAAUGAAAUAAUAGUUGAACAAUA